UAUGAUGCUACAUAGCCGCAGCUUAAGCGAUGAGUCGCUUUCAGUACAAAGAGGAAUUCAGACGCGUUAGUAGCGAACGCGCGUUUAACCAAUUCGGCGACGAUUUCGAACGGCUCUAUUUAAUUAUUUCAAGCGUUUGUUUCCGCCACCGCCAGAGACUAUGAAUGGCUAUAUGGAGUUGCAGCGCGCGUGUGCGACCGCGCACAAGGACGUGAAGACGACAGAGAGUAAACCACUCUUUCACUUCAAAAAGCAACUACAAUUCCUCUACGGUUACGUACUGGGCUUCUUAAUGGCACUCAUCACGCUGCUCUGCUACGAGCGCUUUCUGCUGCAAGCCGCCCAGGUGCGUCAGCAUAGCACAGCAACUGAGAAUUGGCAGGCGGGUUACACAAACGCUAUGCGUGAGCUCAAGAGCGAUGCAAAUUUGUUGCAUCAACGCUUGGAGGAUGAAGUGCGUGUGCUUUGUAUGGUUUUAACUACGCCCGCGCAACAUCAAGCGCGUGCUGCACACGUAAAAGCCACAUGGGGUAAGCGUUGCACACGCCUCGUAUUUCUCAGCAGUGAGACAGAUGUGGAUUUGGGCGCUAUAUCGGUUGUGAGUAAAACGCACGAUACAUACGAUCUGCUAUGGUAUAAAAUUCGGCAAGGACUUCGUCACGUAUACGUACGUUAUUAUGGGGAUUACGAUUGGUACUUGAAAGCUGAUGAUGAUACUUACGUUAUCAUGGAAAAUCUACGUUAUUCCCUCUAUCCAUAUCAAUCCGAUAUGCCGUUGGUUUUUGGCUAUGAACUGUUACAACAAAACGUGACCUACAUGUCCGGCGGCGCUGGUUACGUUCUCAGCAAGGAAGCACUCUAUCGCGCUGUUAAUUUUGGUUUCCUUAACGAAACGCUUUGUCCGCCUGCCAACUAUGCGUUGCCUGAAGAUUACAGCAUGAGUAUUUGUUUACAAAAUGUGGGUGUAUUACCGGUGGAUGGACGGCUCAUGUUGCCCGGCGAUCAGAAGCAAAAGAUGUUUCCGCUGCAAUUGUUCGAUUUUAUGAAUGCCAAUGAGACACUCACAAACGGCGACUGGAUUGAGCGUUUAACGCCAUACGAACUUGAUUGGGGCCUGGAUUGCUGUUCUAAUUUCUCCAUCUCAUUUCACUAUGCCAAUCCCGCCGUAAUGUAUUUAUAUGAAUUUUUGAUUUAUCAUUUGCGCACAGCGGGAGUCUCCCACCCCAAUGCAAUGUUGCCUGACAAAAUUGAUAACUCGGAGUUUUUGAGCAAAUUUUUUAGUGAAAAUAACGAAUCUACACCACGGAUUCCGGUUAAAUGGGUGGAUGUGGCUUAAUAAAUGGCGAUAAAUAUUAUUUGUAUAUAUGUAUAUGUAUUAGUUAAGGAAAAAAUGUAAAUUAUUGUGUUAUUAGAGA